UCUUAAAACUGUGUCAUCUUUGCCGUUUAAAAACAAUGAUAUACAUCAUUCCUUAACAAUAAAUACACUAAAGCAGUGGUUUUCAACCUGUGGGCCCCCCCAGGGGGCCGCAGAGGUACUGUAAGGGGGACAUAUCGCAUCACACCGCAUAUCGCGGUGUUGAGCCACCAUAUAGAAUCGCAGGGGAAAUUCUUUCACCGCGACAGCCCUAGCUAGGGAGACAGAUGUUGAAGUCAAUCCAUGUGAAAAGCAAACAUCUAAAUAUGCAUUUUUUUUUUUUAAGGUGAGGUCGUCCGGGCAUUUGCCCCCUAUCAGUCAGGAACCAGAAAGAGACGUCUAGUCCUGCCAGCUGCUAACCCUAAGUGGAGAGUGCAGCUUCAGUCAUUUACGCACAAUUUCUUCUGUUUGAGAGGGAGGAAAGACUGCAGUGUCCCCUCAGCAUUCGAAAAAGUAAAUCUGUCCACUGCUGGUUUGGGGUUUAAGAAAAUCCAUUUCCCAGACCGGGCUUGUGAUGCUCAAGAGUUCCAAAAUCAGUUGACAAAAAGCUUUCCAAAGCUUCAGGAAGGAGGGGGCUUUGAGCUGUUGCGAACUAGCGGAAUGACACGGUCCAAAACGCUUGAGAUAAUUCCAUGUCCAGAGAGUGGAUACACACCCUUGUAUCUCACCACAGAGGCAGGGGUUGGUUCUUCAAUCCUUUAUGUGAGACCACUUCAAGCCAAUCUUAGCAUGGAAAGAAUAUCUACUCCUACAUCGUCAGGUGGUCCAACCAUACAGUGCCUGUACUGCAAGCAAUUCAUGAGACAGGCAUCCAUCCCUACACAUGUUGAUGUUUGUUCAAGACAUAAUUCAGACGGUAGGACAGGCAGGCAUGGAAACAACAGACGAAGGGAGCAUAUAGAAGCUGAAAGGACUCAAGAUGGUAUUGGAAGGCACCAGGAAAGAGAGGGCAGACAACAGGAAAGAGAGGGCAGACAACAGGAAAGAGAGGGCAGACAACAGGAAAGAGAGGACAGACAACAGGAAAGAGAGGACGGACAACAAAAGGAGACAGAAGAUGGGAACACCACUCCAGGGGAAAUGGGAAAUCGGAACAGUACAGACAAUGAACAUAGAGACUUGAGGCAGAGACAAAGUGGUAGUUGCACUAGUGAAGAGUGGAAAACUGAGCCAGAUAUUACGAAAGCAGUUGACAUUUACAGACAUCAACUGUUGAAAGCUGCUGAGUCUGAGGAGGAUCUGACAAUCAAACUGAACAUGGGACAUAGUCCAGAGGACCGGGAGAGGGCUAUUCUGCAGUUUUACAAAGCCCCCAACAUAAACUGGGCCCGAAACCUUACUGUGGUUUUACAAGGUGAUGCUGCAUUGGGAGAUGGCGUCAAAAGAUUCUUUUUUUCACAAACAAUAUCAAAACUACAGUUUGGUUUUGAACUGAACAUAGAAGGUCCUGGGAAAACCCUUUUUUUUCUUGGAGAGGAAGAUCACCAGUUGCCAUCGACAUCUAAAAUUCUUCUAGACAGUGGACUCUAUGUGGUUGCUGGACGAAUGAUAGGACACUCAAUCCUGCAUGGCGGCCCAGGAUUGAGUAGUUUGAGUCCUUCAGUUUUUAGCUCUCUGAUUGGCCAAGAUGAAGAGCAUGUAUGCCUACAAGAUUGUCCAGACACGGACCUCCGAGAAAUAAUUCAAGAGCUUGAUGGAGAUGAUGACCUUAGCCAGAGCCAGACGUCAAAAAUGAAUGUUCUCUGCCUUAGCUGGGACUUGCCGUUUGUUAACACUGAGAAUCGAAGGUGGCUUGCAGAGAAAGUGCUAGUGCAUGCGCUAAGUGUUGGUCUUGAGAACAAAAGUUUGACACAAAUUUAAAGAAAAUAAAAAGCU